CUAGCCGACAUUAACGUCAAACCUUAUCACUUACCUGUACCUGGUUUUAGGUUAUAUAUACAUAACGGGAUCUUACGUAAACAUCGGCAUUGUUUUUGUUUUGAUACCGGAAGUGAAAGUGUGGUGUAAUUAUCCCGCGGGUCGGACCGGUGGAUUAACAAUCAAUUGACAAGCGAACAAGUGUUAUGUGCCCCUGACAACAGGGUAGCAGGAAUGGUCUCUUUUAAACCAUAACUGACUUCAGUGUUUGGAUUUAAAACGAUAUAUAGCUAACAGUGUAUACUAUAUUUUGUGAAGUUGAACUAUGGACGACUGUUCAGCUGACGAUCUGUUUUUGGCGUUGGAUACUGACUGUUCUGGUUAUAUUGACAAAUCCGAACUUGGCGUCGCCUUUCCGGAUUUGGCGCCGUCAGAACUCGAUGAAUUAUUCAGCUUAUUAGACAAGAAUAAAGAUGGCAAGAUCACUGUGCCGGAGUUUCGCAGAAGUUACAAAGACUGUAUCAGGCAAGUGAAGAAGAGAAGAACAUCGAGCCAGGAUGGUAUAUUGGAGGACUUGGUUGGCCCUUUGGAUGAGGGUCUGAAGGCUUUGUCAUGCCAGGAACAAGUCUGUGAGCUGUACCAACACCUCCAUGCAUCCGAUAACCCGGAACUCCUCGAAAAUUUUGAGGCCAUUAUCCUUGGUGUCAUUAAAGAUGUUCGUGGGUAUAAGGUGGAAAACGAACGUUUGGAAAAGAGCUUCCGAAGGGAGAAAGACCAGCAUGAGAAACACCUCAGGCACCUGGAGGAGGAAAUGGAAAAAGAGAUGAAAAAAUUGGAAGACAAAGUCCGACAGAAGGAACAAGAAAAGGUGAUGGCAGAGCGGGCAGAACUCAAAAAAGAAGUAGAAGAUGAGUUGAUCACACUAAGGCAAAACCUUUCAAUCAUGCAGGAGGAGGGGAAUGGGCAGAAAAACAAGGAGCUGGAGACACAUCUCCUGGACAUGAAAAAGCGUUUGGAAGAGAUCACUGUUGCCAAUAGGCAACUGAAAAGCGAGCUGACGGACACUCGCACAAACAUGGCGCUUGUACGGAGUGAACUGGUGUCGGUACGAAAUAACUACACAGACAAGUGUCGUGAACUUUAUCGUGAAAAGGAGACUGUAAUGGACAUCGUGAAAGAGCAGGAUAAUCUGACCCGACAGCUUCACCUUUUACAGAAUCGCACAAGGACAAGAUAUCGUAUAAGGUCGUUCGCACUGAUCGAUGCCAACAAACAGUUACACGACACAAAUGACGAUUUACGGGAGGCCGUCGUGAAUCGAAAUAUCCCAAAGUAUAGUCCCACCCCUAUGAUACAAAACCAUUCUCGCUCGUCCUCCAAUGCGUCUAUGAUAGAGAGGGAACGGCGUGGGUCUCUUAUGAGUGACUACAUCCAUAGUGGUCCGCCAUCGAUGAAAUCAUUGAAUCUUAGUCGAGGUACAUCCAUUGCCGAAGAUGAAUUCCUUGAAGAUGACAUUUCCGUUUCCGGUUCUUUGCCAUCACCACGAAUAAUUCGAGCUCGGCUUCCCAGAGAGGAAACGUGUGAGGAGGAUAACAUCUGCGAUGACAUAGCAGACAGUGGGCACUCGACUCUUCGUGAUCACAACGACAUAGAAUCCGAGUCAGAAAUCCUUCCUGAACACAAUACCAUACAAAGUCACGUACACAAAAAUAGACUCAAUCGGAGAGCAUUCAUCGAUGUGGACGAUGAGGAUCCUGAAUCACACGACGAGGACUCUGAAGGUGAAGGUCACUUUGAGCGUGACCCGAGAGUGUAUAAAUACAGAGAUUCCAACCAUCUCCCAGUGACGCCAAAUAAGAGAGGAAGUGCUAGGUCAAGAAGUCGUGAUAACCAGGCCGGACGAGACUCUGGUGGGUCAGGUGGUCGCCGUUCUACGAGGAAACAACAGAAAACCAAAGAAAAGAUUAUGCAGCCGAUAAGUCGAGAGCCCGAGAGGAUGUAUAAGAUCGUACUGGCUGGUGACGCGGCCACAGGCAAGUCCAGUUUCAUCAUGAGACUGUGCAAGGGCAAAUUCGUUUCAAACCUCAGUUCAACUCUUGGAGUGGAUUUCCAGACCAAAGUAAUGGAGGUAGAUGGUCGUACAAUAGCCUUGCAACUCUGGGACACAGCGGGACAGGAAAGAUUGCAUACCAUCAGGUUUCGCAGUAUUGCCAAGUCAUAUUUCCGAAGGGCAGACGGUGUGUUCCUUUUGUACGACUGCACAUACGAGAGGUCGUUUCUCAGCAUCAGGGAGUGGCAAGAUUCCAUAGGUGACAGCGCUCAAAAGAAUAUUCCUGUAAUGUUGUGUGCUAACAAAACCGAUCUAAGGGAUUCUAGUGAGAAACAAGGGCGGAAAGUUGUCCACUACGAGGACGGACAGAGACUUGCACGGGAAUUUGACAGCCUGUUUAUUGAAACCAGUGCCAAGGAUGGGUCAAACGUGAUAGAAGCCGUCAUAGAAUUAACAAGGUUGAUGAGAGCCAAUGAAGAUCUGGAAGUGAAAACAGUCGGUCUGCAAUUAGUGGAGGGAAAAAAUGAAAGCAAGUCUUCGUGCUGUUCAUGAGUGCAAUUACGUGCAUAACUAUUUUAUGAACCAUUAUGAGCAAUCAUAAAAUGAAUGGGUAUGUGUGUGAAACACGUAUUCGCUGGGAAAAGAUUGUGUCUCCUAAUCAGUAACAAAACAUAUAUCCUAACCUUUAAAGAGGCCUGUUUAUAUUCCUGUAUGAAGCUUCAGCUGCUGUUCGCCCGCCUAAUGAGCAAUAUAACAAGACCGGAAGUUGGUAAGGGAAACGUGACGUAUUCUCAGAGAGAUCUGCAGGCUUCUUCCGUUGUCUGUUUGUAUGUGUUUGUUUUAUAUAUAUAACCCGCUGUUUUAGUUGAUGGAUGAAUAAGCUUUGAUCAUAUAAAUAUCACUUCCUAUAACUUGCCAUGGUUUACGGGUUGGUUCAUUACAUUUACGUUAUAUAUCUUCAUGUUCAAUAAUUGUUAUUGUUGUGGAUAUUUGACGGAAGAGAGAAUACAAGAAUGGAUACUGCUCUUUCGAGAAUAGGUAUGAAUUAAUGCAUAGUCAUCUUAUAUAUUAUAUAUAACAUUGCUGAUUUAUUGUAAGCAUAACAAAUAGAAAUUGCAAAGAUGUACAUCACCAUGGUAAAGAUAAUAUAAAUGCAUUUUAAGCUGCUCAUGACAUGUUAAGAAUAGUAGCUUGUGCGUAGUGUGUAUAAAAUAGUAAUUUAUUUUAUAUUUUUUCUUAAUAAGUUUUUUUUAGACUUUUGUACUUGAAAAGCUAAAUUGUACUGUUCCGUCAAUGACACGGAGUAUUAGUUACACUGCAGUCGAUUAUGUAAUGACUAGAAUUAAUUAUCUAUUAUUUCGGCUUUCUGUAGUAUUACCAGGUUUGAAUACGAUGAAGUAUUUGUAUCAUCUCUCGACUGAAAAGGAAAAACAACAUCAACUCCCAAACCAUUUAAGCUUUUCUUGAUAACCAUUGAUCCUUUGUUCUAGAUAUUGCCAAUGUUACCAAAAUGCUGGUGCCCUGCUGAGAACAUUAACCAUGUGACAUAUCUCCUUUUGUAUCAUGAAUCUCGUGUUUGUAUAUGUAUUGUUUGCCUUUUAAGUCUAUACCGACCACGUGUUAGUAAAUUAUCAUUUAGUUCUAUUACCAAAGAUUGUAUAGCAUGCAUCCACUUCUAGUCAUUUUUGUAUAUAUUGCAGAUACAUGUAAGAUGUAGAUCGAAAUACAUGAUAAUAUAAGAUUGUUUCUUAUUGGUGUAAAUCUUAUUGAAAUGUCAUUGUUACAAUGUUACAAUGGUGUGCACAUUAAUAAUGUUAUUAACAGUUAUGUUCACUAUUUAUUUGAUUGCCGAUUGAAUUGAUUUAAAUUUCAUUCUACCCUUUUCGUUAUCAGUGUUUGUGCUAAGAUACAGCUUAAUGAUCCAUAACAACAAAUACAAAGCUCUCAUAAGAUAAUGAUAUUUUUUAUUAGGCAAUUUACAAUAAUGAUUCAUUUGAUGGCGAAGAAAGCUCAUUUUGGUUGAAUAUGAAGUACAUCGAAUUAUAACAGAUAUCUAUUUGAAAAUACCAAGCUAUCCUACCUUAACAUGAUUCCAAUACGUUUUUCUGACUUGCUGGGGAGCGUUUAAGAUAAUCAAAUCUUUCAGAUGUUUUAUACACAUUUACGCGAAUGAUUCGAUUUCUUCAAAUUAGAAAGUUGUAGUAGUAGAUUUUUAAAUUUAUAUUAAAUAUUAGACUUAAUCUUCAUUUCAAAUAUUAGAUACUACUUUUUCAUACAUGUUCAAGGUAUAAUUCGCGUUAUCAUUUUCUCCGUAUUCCUAUAAUUUCUAUUAAAGUAAUACUGAAAACAGAAAUAGUAAUUUUAUCACCACCUGAACUUAAAAAACAAAUUCGGGCGACCAUUUUUUCGCUGAUUUCAUAAAAAAAAUAACCAUGUGCUUCAUGUGAACAUUUCCAUGCAUUUUUCUCUUCAUUUUGUGGGAUUCGUUGUUCACAUAAAACAAAACCUGUUAUAGCGAAUAUAACGACAAUUUAACUAGAACGAUACCAUUUUAGUAUAGAGUGUAAAUAUUAUCUAUUGUAUAAUAUUGGCUCAUCCUGGCUGUUUUACUGUAAAUAUACAUGUAAUAUAAUGUAAUAUAACCAUUAUUUAAUGUACAUAGAGCAUGUUAAUGUGUGUGUGUGUGUGUGUUUUCUUGUUGAGAUAUCGGUAGCAGAAUACAUAUACUGAUUCUACUGUAUAUUGCAUGUGAAAUGUAUAUAUUGAAAGUGGGAACGUCUAGAGAAACUGAAAGUGAAGAGGGGAGAAAGACGAGUGUAUCAAAUGGUGUAAAGAUGAAUUGGAGAAAAGUUUAACUAUUUUUGUUUGAAUUAUUUAAACUCAAUAUGAAUGAUAGUCUUGCAAAAAAAUAACCGUUAUAUAAACUUUGAUUGAACAUUAUGUUUAAUUGUCCUGUGAAUAUCAGCAAUUUCAAUCACGCUUAUGUUGCAAUUUCCUUAUCACAAAUGUUGUUCUAUAAAGUGCUUUCUUGGGUAGUUUUGUCUCGUUUAUCUCCAUGUGCAAUUUACCUUUUAUCCACGGUGCAAUGUACUUACAACUAUGGUCUUUACACGUGAAAAAUCUCUUUAUCACUAAUGUGCAAUUUUGGCAUUAUGCAUUAUAUCUGUCUCAGAAACACUCGCUGAUAAUUCGUUGAUAUCAUCAUUGUCCUUUUCUUUAUAUAAUCAGGAAAGUACUGUCCUUUUCCAAUACGUAUACUUGACAAGAAUCGCCCUUUGGAAAAUACUUAUAUAUGUAAAAAGUCACCUAAACAUUAUGAAAAUGUGCAUCUAUAAUAUACUAAAUGACUACAUGUACUACAUUUAUAACUGAAAAGCAAACAAUAGGCUUGUUUUCCAGAUUUGAGGUAAUAAUUUUCAACAUAGAUACCCAAAAAUACAUACUUUAAUUUAUUUUAAUAGUUUCUUCAUGAUUCUUUCUAAACACCGAUAUUGAAAACUCAAAAAUAUUUUGUGUAAGUAUACAAUUUUUUUUACUGUUUGAAAUCCCAUGAAUAAGAAAUAAAAUGCCCAGAUAUCUUUUCAUUUGUUAUAUUCUUGGUCAUUUUGAUAAGUGGUCAUACAACUUAAGGAAACGCGUUUGUUCGUAAAACGUCCAGGAACAUCAGACCGCAAUUAUUGGUAAAUUGAUCAAUUGAGUUUUCUUUACACUUUUAAAGGUAAUAUAAUACCUGGAGCCUUGUGUUGACGAAUGUAAGGAACUUUCAUUUAAAAACAACCGUAUACAUAAAUAUACCUACCACGGGUUACACAAAUAGUGUUCAAAGUUGCAGAUUUCACUUUGAAUUUCAAUAUCUUUCAAAUAUAUAUCAUACAAAAAUGCAUUUUCAAGUUAACAGUAAAACUAUUUAACUAUAAUCGUGUACAAACGUUUAUCCCGAUAAAGGCAUGAUCAAAUUAGUACCCUCAAAGUCGUCAUAUCAUGGAUACUUAAUUAAAUUAAACUCAUUAUCACAAUGAUUUAACGUUACUAUUAACAUGUAGAUGGCAUGUUUUCAUUAAAACAGAUUCACACACUAUAUUUUCUUUUUACACGCAUCGUUUGUGUACAUAGAUAUUUCAAAUACCCCGAUUUAUAAACAGGUAUUCAAACUUGCAUAUCGAAAACCCCAAAUAUCUCGAAGAUGGCUUCACAAAAUAGAGGUUGCAAUGCAGAUAAUUACUUUCUUUUAAAGAAAGAGGUUCUUCUCAUUGAAAUGCUUCUGUUUGGUAACUAUGUGUGUUUCAUCUUAAGAUAUCCAUAUUGUCACCGAAAUGUGGACUGUGGGCUAUCCAAAGUUCUCUCCCUUUAUACACUUUACGCAGGCUGGUCCAGAGUAGUGAGUGUCAUAGGUAUAAGUACUAAGUUAUCAACUGCACUAAUGUUUGUCUGUUAUAUUUCGGGAAAAUGACAAAUAUCAAUAAAAAAUCAAUUCUGA